AUGUUGGGAAACAGCAACUCUCGCUGCCUCGCCGCGCUCGUGGACCAAGGCGCGUGCGUGGACCAAGGCGCGCUCGUGGACCAAGGCGCGCUCGUGGACCAAGGCGCGCUCGUGGACCAAGGCGCGCUCGUGGACCAAGGCGCGCUCGUGGACCAAGGCGCGCUCGUGGACCAAGGCGCGCUCGUGGACCAAGGCGCGCUCGUGGACCAAGGCGCGCUCGUGGACCAAGGCGCGCUCGUGGACCAAGGCGCGCUCGUGGACCAAGGCGCGCUCGUGGACCAAGGCGCGCUCGUGGACCAAGGCGCGCUCGUGGACCAAGGCGCGCUCGUGGACCAAGGCGCGCUCGUGGACCAAGGCGCGCUCGUGGACCAAGGCGCGCUCGUGGACCAAGGCGCGCUCGUGGACCAAGGCGCGCUCGUGGACCAAGGCGCGCUCGUGGACCAAGGCGCGCUCGUGGACCAAGGCGCGCCCAUGGACCAAGGCGCGCUCGUGGACCAAGGCGCGCUCGUGGACCAAGGCGCGCUCGUGGACCAAGGCGCGCUCGUGGACCAAGGCGCGCUCGUGGACCAAGGCGCGCUCGUGGACCAAGGCGCGCUCGUGGACCAAGGCGCGCUCGUGGACCAAGGCGCGCUCGUGGACCAAGGCGCGCUCGUGGACCAAGGCGCGCUCGUGGACCAAGGCGCGCUCGUGGACCAAGGCGCGCUCGUGGACCAAGGCGCGCUCGUGGACCAAGGCGCGCUCGUGGACCAAGGCGCGCUCGUGGACCAAGGCGCGCUCGUGGACCAAGGCGCGCUCGUGGACCAAGGCGCGCUCGUGGACCAAGGCGCGCUCGUGGACCAAGGCGCGCUCGUGGACCAAGGCGCGCUCGUGGACCAAGGCGCGCUCGUGGACCAAGGCGCGCUCGUGGACCAAGGCGCGCUCGUGGACCAAGGCGCGCUCGUGGACCAAGGCGCGCUCGUGGACCAAGGCGCGCUCGUGGACCAAGGCGCGCUCGUGGACCAAGGCGCGCCCGUGGUCCAAGGCGCGCUCGUGGACCAAGGCGCGCUCGUGGACCAAGGCGCGCUCGUGGACCAAGGCGCGCUCGUGGACCAAGGCGCGCUCGUGGACCAAGGCGCGCUCGUGGACCAAGGCGCGCUCGUGGACCAAGGCGCGCUCGUGGACCAAGGCGCGCUCGUGGACCAAGGCGCGCUCGUGGACCAAGGCGCGCUCGUGGACCAAGGCGCGCUCGUGGACCAAGGCGCGCUCGUGGACCAAGGCGCGCUCGUGGACCAAGGCGCGCUCGUGGACCAAGGCGCGCUCGUGGACCAAGGCGCGCUCGUGGACCAAGGCGCGCUCGUGGACCAAGGCGCGCUCGUGGACCAAGGCGCGCUCGUGGACCAAGGCGCGCUCGUGGACCAAGGCGCGCUCGUGGACCAAGGCGCGCUCGUGGACCAAGGCGCGCUCGUGGACCAAGGCGCGCUCGUGGACCAAGGCGCGCUCGUGGACCAAGGCGCGCUCGUGGACCAAGGCGCGCUCGUGGACCAAGGCGCGCUCGUGGACCAAGGCGCGCUCGUGGACCAAGGCGCGCUCGUGGACCAAGGCGCGCUCGUGGACCAAGGCGCGCUCGUGGACCAAGGCGCGCUCGUGGACCAAGGCGCGCUCGUGGACCAAGGCGCGCUCGUGGACCAAGGCGCGCUCGUGGACCAAGGCGCGCUCGUGGACCAAGGCGCGCUCGUGGACCAAGGCGCGCUCGUGGACCAAGGCGCGCUCGUGGACCAAGGCGCGCAUGGAGGCGCUGUGGCAGGUACCCGUGCUUGA